AUGGUAUGUAUCGUCGCGUUCCUUCUACUAGCACACCAAGAAAAAAUCGCCCUCAACCGCCUAGUUUUGGUGGGCAAUGAUACACCCGAAUCUCUCUACGAUGUUUAUGAACCAAGCAGUGUAGGAUUUCCCAAACCGAUUGGCGAUAUACGUAUGAGUAAGGUCCAGACUGAAACUCUUGGCACAUAUCAGGCGUUGUAUUGCUCGCGUUCUUUGAAAAGUAGAGAAAUUGCAACCCGUCUAACAGAAAAUCUUUUAAAUAUUAAUCAUAGGUCACAUUACACCACCAACUUAAUCCGUCCAGAUGUUACUACAUGUUACUCUUACCUUGGAUCACUGAAACGUGAUAAGCCCGAGAGGGAGAUACUAUGGUCGUCCGCUGAUGAAGAGAAAUGCACUCCAGAGUUAAUUCUCAACUUGAGCUAUAACAAUAUUGUCUUAGUGACCGGACCAUUUCAAGACUUUUUCCCACAACCUGACUCUUUCAUGAUCAAGAUUAAUAUCGAGAAGCAAUUGCACCUAGGAGAACUAGUUGACAACCAACGUAUUUUCAGAAACAAAGAAUGGUCGAACAACCAUGUUGUACUUGCUUGGUAUCAGGGAAACUUACAUCUUUUUCAAUGGCUCGACGGGCGCUACUGGUAUCCAGUGACAAGCGUUGGUGGCGAGAAGUCUAACGGACUCAUGUUAUUCUACUUUGUGCUUGGCUUGGACCGCAAGAUUUGGGAUCUCAGACCUCAUAUCCCCACUGCCAUCGAACGUAGCUUGGCAAGUCCGCAGUGGAGGCGCCACGAAGAGAAAAUUUUAAAAUACGUUUAUGAGGAAUCAGACUUAUUAAAUGAUAACAUAAAGAUGCCCAUCGGCCGGCUCACUUCAUCCCCUGUAAAAGGCCAACUAUAUAGAGGAAUUAAUCAAAGGCAUCCUAUAUACCCCUGGGCAUCUUGGAACCUAUCACCAGUUGUAGAUGCUGUUGUGCUCAGCUAUGGUAGCCCUGGCAGGUAG